AAACAAGAUUGUAUUAUAACAUAGCAUAGCAAGUGGUAAGAAACAAGAAAAAGAAAAAAGAAAAAAAGAAAAAAACCUUUGCGAACGGAAAAACAGAGAAACAUAUAAUUACUACUCAACAACAAACACACACAACUAUAAAUCUUCCUUAAUUUCUCCGCCCAAUUUCCCUCUUAUUUAAAUUAAUAGAUUUUUUUCCAAUUAUUCAUUUCCAUCCUUCUCCUUUUUCUGUGAUCCAAUGGCAACCCUUUUUCAGGGAUUGGGAGCUGUUACUCCUUUGUCUCCUUCCAAUUCCUUUGAAUCUAACAAGUUUCUGUUUUCUUCUCGUAGAUCCCUUUCAGAGAGGAAAGAUAGCAUUUUUGUUGUCAGAUCUGAUGCGAGGGUGAACCAGGUUCUGAAAUCAGGAGCUACUCGUAAGAAUGAAUUGUUGAUUCCUAAUGCAGUUGCAACACAGGGAAGCAGUUCCGUGGCUUCUGCAUCAAAACCAGGGCACGAACUUCUCCUUUUUGAAGCCCUACGUGAAGGUUUGGAAGAAGAAAUGGAAAGGGAUGCUUCUGUUUGUGUCAUGGGUGAAGAUGUAGGUCAUUAUGGGGGAUCUUACAAGGUGACAAGAAACCUGGCUGAAAAGUUUGGUGACCUCAGAGUUUUGGAUACCCCUAUUGCUGAGAAUGCCUUCACUGGCAUGGGCAUUGGAGCUGCCAUGACUGGUCUGAGGCCAAUUGUUGAGGGCAUGAACAUGGGAUUUCUACUUCUGGCAUUUAACCAAAUCUCUAACAAUUGCGGCAUGCUGCAUUACACAUCUGGUGGUCAGUUUAAAAUACCAAUCGUCAUUCGUGGGCCUGGUGGAGUUGGGCGACAACUUGGAGCAGAACACUCACAGAGGCUGGAGUCAUAUUUUCAAUCAAUCCCUGGUAUUCAAAUGGUGGCUUGCUCAACACCUUACAAUGCCAAGGGCUUGAUGAAAGCUGCAAUUCGAAGCGAUAAUCCUGUGAUACUUUUCGAGCAUGUUUUGCUUUAUAACCUCAAGGAAAGAAUUCCAGACGAAGAGUAUGUAUUGUCACUCGAAGAAGCUGAGAUGGUCAGGCCCGGGGAGCAUGUCACAAUAUUAACUUAUUCGAGGAUGAGGUAUCAUGUCAUGCAAGCUGCCAAGACAUUGGUGAACAAAGGGUAUGACCCUGAAGUAAUUGAUAUCAGGUCUUUGAAACCAUUUGAUCUUCACACAAUCGGAAAUUCAGUAAAGAAGACACAUCGUGUGGUCAUAGUGGAGGAGUGCAUGCGAACAGGUGGAAUUGGUGCUAGUCUGACAGCCGCCAUUACUGAGAAUUUCCACGACUAUUUGGAUGCUCCUGUCGUAUGUUUAUCCUCUCAGGAUGUGCCAACACCAUACGCCGGAACAUUGGAGGAAUGGACAGUGGUCCAACCUGCUCAAAUUGUGACUGCCGUUGAGCAGCUCUGCCAGUGAUUACUUUCUCAAACACUUAAUUGGAAUAUGGUUUUUUGGUAAAUCUAUUGUGCUUGUUAAAUUUAACUAGAAUAUUUGUCGCAAAAUUUUAUUUUUCUUCUUUUUCUUUCAUUUCUGAAGUCUAAACCCCCACAACCUUAUAUUGGUAUUUAAUUUCUGAUAUCCUUUGCAUUUUUAGAUUCAGUUGAGCCCUAGAACUGGGCAAUAAUUUGAAUGGAUGCUUAAGUUGUCUGUUAUAGGCCUUUUUUCGUUUUUGGUUCCCUUGUAUUGUAUGGAUGUAAUAGUUUGUUUCUUUGAAUA